GGAAGGGCUAAAACUCGAAACCCGCACAGGCAGGAGUAAUCGAUCGCCGUUGUUCUGCUCGCCUCCUGCCGUGGUGGCGGGCCAUUUGAAAGAGCGGCCGGGAGAGUCCGACUGAGGUGCCCAGCGGGCUGCAGGUGGUGCCGCUGCCGGCAUGGAGGAGUCGCGAGAGGGAACGAGGGGGAAGGGUGCGGCUCGUUCCCUAGGAAUAGGGGCAACGGCGGCCACGCUGCAGGGCUUCUCUGAAGAAGCAGUGGGAGGAUCGGCCUCCACCCAGAGGCUCUUCAACGAGGAAGCGGGAAAGCCGGACUUGGUCACUCUCCUUCGAGUAAAGGAACAAAUAAAACAACAUCUUAUGGAAUAUAAUACAACAAUUAAUGCAGGUGAAGAAAGCUUUUCAGAUCUAGCAGCAGAUGAAAAGAUUAUUGAGGGUUCCAUAGAAGACUUGGAAAGAGAAAUGGAGGAAAUGAAGGUCUCUUACCAAAACAAAACACUAGCACUACAAAGGAUCCAAGUAGCUGAUGCACUUAGAAGCAAACUGAUGGACAAUGAUGACAACUCCAAGGUGAUAUGGGAUACCAUGAAGCGCAUAAUGAAGCUUAGUACUGCAAUACUUAAAUCUCAGCAAGAAUCUCGUGAAUUGGAAGAGAAAUUGAAUGAGGUUAAGCAGAGCAGACUAGCAUUAAAGCGAGCUGGGGAAUGCAAACUGACACAGAUUCUUGAAAUGAAGAGAAAACGAAAAGAGGAACUGGAAAAUAUGGAAGUGAGUGACAUGUUGAAGAAGGCUCGCAGAAAUCUGCAACAGGAAAUACAGAUGACUACACUGCUUCAAAACAUCUUCCAGGGUCUUAUUAUUGGAAGUGGAGUCAAUUGGGCUAAGGAUCCAGCUUUGAAGGCAGUUGUUCUGCAACUGGAGAAAAAUAUGACUGACAUCUGAAGCAGCAGCAACAUUUUAAUAUUGUAUGCUAAUAGUUUGUUAAUUUAGUAGAGAAGAAGUAGUCUGACAGGUUUAUUAUAGGACUCCUAUACAAGAACAUUUAUUGUAAUGAUGUAUGUAAAUAACUUUAAGGAAAGUUCUUGAUGUAAAGGCUAGAUAAUUAGUUCUGAUGUGUUAAAUUUGGAAGCCCUUACAAGCAGCUUUUGGAAAGAAUUGUGACGGAAGACUCAUUUUUCUCUUCCUCUUCAGUUUCCAAUUCUUGCCUCAGGAUGAACAAUAUGUUAGCUUCACAUUUCUUGCUGGAAAGGCACAAUUGUCCAGAAAUGCAAUCUGGCUUGCAUUUCCAGUCAUGGUUAUAAGUUAUAUCUUCUAUGUAUUAUGUGUUUUCAAAGCACCAGUGAGAAAUAACAAAAACACUAAGUUAAGCUUUUGGGGAUCUAAUUUCAAUGGUUUUCUAAAGCCAUAUUCAAUAAAAUACUACUCACAUUUUUGCAUUCAAAAUAA